AUCGCCGUUGUGCGAUGCCUUUGCACUUCUGCGGGGGGGCCGGCACUGACAUGCGGGGCGUACUAGCUCUGUGCUGGCCGUCCCCCCGCAUGUCGGUGUGAAUGAUCGUAGCUGUGCUAAAUUUAGCACAGCUACGGUCAUUUCGGAAUGACCCCCUACGUGCACUGGGAGGGACUUUGUUAGCAGUGUUGGACUGUUGACUGCUGGGGUGGGGGCAUGGAGGGUCACUGUUCGUCCAGCUCAGGGGAUCCUGCCAGUGGUGGUUUUAGGUGCGGGCUAUCAGGGCGGGCACCCGAGACGCUGCAGCCUGAGGCCGCAGUCAUUCCGCCAGAGCCAUCAGCACCCAUCUGCUGCCUGCACCAAAAUGCCGCUCGUCACUUCCUGCUCCGGCCGGCCGCCUACCAUCCUGGCCACUUCACGCUGGCCGUACCCCACCGUGGAAGUAUAACAAGAACAUAGAGCUGGAGGACCACAGGUGCCAAAUGGUUCCCUCAGAAACACCGGUGUACGAGGAGAGCGCGGAGCCGCAGCAGCGGCGACCACAUGAUAAGAAGCCUUAACCAGAAGCCACCAGGAAACAGCAGCAGCUGUAGGAGACGCGAGGAGAACAGAAGCAGGUGGACGCUGAGACACACAGAGCUUAGGAACAGGUUCCCUCCGAAACACCGGUGUACGAGGAGAGCGCGGAGCCGCAGCAGCGGCGACCACAUGAUAAGAAGCCUUAACCAGAAGCCACCAGGAAACAGCAGCAGCUGUAGGAGACGCGAGGAGAACAGAAGCAGGUGGACGCUGAGACACACAGAGCUUAGGAACAGGUUCCCUCAGAAACACCGGUGUACGAGGAGAGCGCGGAGCCGCAGCAGCGGCGACCACAUGAUAAGAAGCCUUAACCAGAAGCCACCAGGAAACAGCAGCAGCUGUAGGAGACGCGAGGAGAACAGAAGCAGGUGGACGCUGAGACACACAGAGCUUAGGAACAGGUUCCCUCAGAAACACCGGUGUACGAGGAGAGCGCGGAGCCGCAGCAGCGGCGACCACAUGAUAAGAAGCCUUAACCAGAAGCCACCAGGAAACAGCAGCAGCUGUAGGAGACGCGAGGAGAACAGAAGCAGGUGGACGCUGAGACACACAGAGCUUAGGAACAGGCAUGCAGAUGAAGAGCUCAGAGUGGAAGCAAUGCAAGUCUAAUGCUCAGGUGUGGAGAACCGGGGGUAUGGAGGCAUCCCAGUGGAAAGUAAAGGGAUCGGUGACUGACCAGUUCCAUCCAGAAGAUUGGGACCAUCCACUAUCUGGCUCCUUCACCAAGCAACUCGUAUUGAGAAGUGAGGUUCCAGAGACAGCAGCAGCCGAUUAUACCGUGUUUGUGAUGUCACAGUGUACUGGCUGAGUGACAUCAUCACCAGCCAUCAGCACCAGCCUGGAGAAAUGUCCAGCUUGUUUAUUUCAUCAGUCCAUACAGGUGCAGGUAUCCGU